CAUCUUUUUGUGGUUAGUGAACGUUCAAAUAAAAAAAAUAAAUAAUGAAUGUGAAAUUUUUAUGUUUAAUCAUAUAUCUUAUGUUUUAUCGUAUAUGUUAUUUUAUCUUUUAAUGUACAAAUAAUACUUUGAGUCUUCACAAAUUAUUUUCAACUUUUUCAUUUUUUCUCGGAUCAUGAAUUUUAAUCUGUAAACAGUGAACUUAGAACACAAUUGGAAAUGAAAGGGAAUUAAUUAUAAUAUGCAAGCAAAGCUACUUCGGUUAAUAUUUAUUUAAAUAAUUCAGUUUUUCAUUAUGUCUCUCAAGAACAUAAAAGUUUUAGAAUUAGCAGGCCUUGCUCCUGCUCCUUUUUGUGGAAUGAUUCUUGCUGAUUUUGGAGCAACUGUUAUUAGAGUUGAUAAGACAGGUUUGUUACUUAAAGAUGUUUUAGCGAAUGGAAAGAAGUCAAUAUCGUUGAAUUUGAAAAGUGAAGAAGGAAACAGAAUAUUUAGAAAAAUGAGUGAUCAAAGCGAUGUUGUGAUAGACCCCUUUAGAAAAGGUGUAAUGGAGAAAUUAAAGUUGGGACCUGACGAUUUGAUGAAAACUAAUAAAAAAUUAAUUUAUGCUAGACUCACAGGAUUUGGUCAAAGUGGGCCCUAUGCCACAAUGGCUGGGCAUGAUAUUAAUUUUUUGGGUUUAUCAGGAUUGCUUUCAUUAUUUGGUCGAUCUGAAGCAAAGCCAACACCUCCAGUAAACUUUGCAGCUGAUUUUGCUGGAGGAGGAUUAAUUUGUGCUUUAGGGAUUAUGAUGGCUCUUUAUGAACGAACUCAAAGUCAAUUUGGUCAAGUUAUUGAUGCUUCGAUGGUUGAAGGAUCUGCAUAUGUUGGCAGUUGGCUAUACCGAUCGUUUAAAGAAAUGCCAUUGCUGUGGGGAAAAGAUCGCGGACAAAAUAUCUUAGAUACAGGAGCACAUUUUUAUGAAGUUUACGAAACUCAAGAUGGUAAAUAUAUGGCAGUUGGUGCUAUAGAACCACAAUUUUAUGCUAUUUUUCUAAAUAAGCUCAAUUUAACGGAUGAAGAAUUGCCACAAUUUAGAGAUUUUGAAAAAAAUAAAGUCAAAUUAGCAAAUAUUUUCAAGCAAAAAACACAAGAUGAAUGGACACGCAUUUUUGAUGGAACUGAUGCAUGUGUAACUCCUGUUCUGUCAUUAAAAGAUGCUCCGAAUCAUUCCCACAACAAGGCAAGACAGAGUUUUACUGUCAAUAAUCAAAAUAUAAUCCCUAAUCCAUCUCCAAUACUUUCUCGUACUCAUGGAACGUCUUGUGCUGCUAAAUAUUCAAAUAUAGUUGUUGGAGAACAUUCACGAGAAGUCUUGUCAGACUAUGGAUUUAAAAAAGAAGAAAUUGAUCAUUUUAUCAACUCAGGAAUAGUUCACCAAACUCUUAAACAAUCUAAGCUUUAAUUUGAUAGUCAUUUUCAGCCAUUGGAUUAAUAUUUAUACAAUUUAUUAAAAAAAUAGGUGGUGUUAUAGCUUUAAAUAUG